CGUUAAGUGUAGUGCCUGUGUCUCUAACCCUGUCUAUCUUUUCUUCCUCCAUUCCCACUCCCCCCUCCAAAAGGGAAGCUUGCAGCAGAUUGUAGAAGGAUUUGAGUCUGCAGCUAGAGAGAAGGGGAUUAGGGCCAGAGCGGUGCAAGUUAAAUUGUGCUGCAUAUAAAAAAUGGGCGGAUUGGUCUCCAGAUCUAGAGGCUGGUACCACCUUCCUUUCUAAAAUAAAAUCUCUCUCUGGCAUGAAGUCACCGCCUAUUUCACAUCCGGUUUGCCCUGGGACGUAUUACUACUGUCUUGGUAGAGAGAAGUCUUUUGUUGUAUAGCUGCAGAUUGGAUAUUGAGAAGCAAAUUUGGGUGUGCAAUCUUCAGCAAAGGAGCACGCAGAGUCCAUGAUGGCUCAGACCGAGUGAGUGAGAGGCAGGGCGAGGACGCCCCUCCGCUCCCGGCGCGCCCGGACUCGCACACUCGCGCCGGCUCCGGGCUCUCCGCGAUUUUCUCUCGCAGACUUUUCCCCGGUCUUGAGCGAUCCUGUGCCCAGAGGGGGCCCGAGCUGCUCAAGCCCGCGAUGAAGAAAAGCCCGGGUCUCUCUGACUAUCUUUGGGUGUGGACCCUCCUUCUGAGCACAUUGACUGGAAGAAGCUAUGGACAGCCCUCACUACAGGAUGAACUUAAAGACAAUACCACUGUCUUCACCAGGAUUUUGGACCGACUCCUAGAUGGUUAUGACAAUCGCCUGAGACCAGGAUUGGGAGAGCGUGUAACUGAAGUGAAGACUGACAUCUUCGUCACCAGUUUUGGACCCGUUUCAGACCAUGAUAUGGAAUAUACAAUAGAUGUAUUUUUCCGUCAAAGCUGGAAGGAUGAAAGGUUAAAAUUUAAAGGACCCAUGACAGUUCUCCGGUUAAAUAACCUAAUGGCAAGUAAAAUUUGGACUCCGGACACCUUUUUUCACAAUGGAAAAAAGUCAGUGGCCCACAACAUGACCAUGCCCAACAAACUCCUGCGGAUCACAGAGGAUGGCACAUUAUUGUACACCAUGAGGCUGACGGUGAGAGCUGAAUGUCCAAUGCAUUUGGAGGACUUCCCUAUGGAUGCCCAUGCCUGCCCACUAAAAUUUGGAAGCUAUGCUUAUACAAGAGCAGAAGUUGUUUAUGAGUGGACCAGAGAGCCAGCACGCUCAGUGGUUGUAGCAGAAGAUGGAUCACGCCUAAACCAGUAUGAUCUCCUUGGACAAACAGUAGACUCUGGAAUUGUUCAGUCCAGUACAGGAGAAUAUGUUGUUAUGACCACUCAUUUCCACUUGAAGAGAAAGAUUGGCUAUUUUGUUAUUCAAACAUACCUGCCAUGCAUAAUGACGGUUAUUCUCUCGCAAGUCUCCUUCUGGCUCAACAGAGAGUCAGUACCAGCAAGAACUGUCUUUGGAGUAACAACAGUGCUCACCAUGACAACGUUGAGUAUCAGUGCCAGAAAUUCCCUCCCGAAGGUGGCCUAUGCAACAGCCAUGGAUUGGUUUAUUGCAGUGUGCUAUGCCUUUGUGUUCUCAGCUCUGAUUGAGUUUGCCACAGUAAACUAUUUCACCAAGAGAGGUUAUGCAUGGGAUGGCAAAAGCGUAGUUCCAGAAAAGCCAAAGAAAGUGAAAGAUCCUCUCAUUAAGAAAAACAACACUUAUGCUCCAACAGCAACCAGCUACACCCCUAACUUGGCCAGGGGUGACCCCGGUUUAGCCACCAUUGCUAAAAGUGCAACCAUAGAACCAAAAGAAGUCAAGCCUGAAACAAAACCACCAGAACCCAAGAAAACCUUCAACAGUGUCAGCAAAAUUGACCGACUGUCAAGAAUAGCCUUCCCCCUGCUAUUUGGAAUCUUUAACUUAGUCUACUGGGCUACAUAUUUAAACAGAGAGCCUCAGCUAAAAGCCCCCACACCACAUCAAUAGGUCCUUUCAGUCUCAUUCUGUUGUUCAGUCCUCUGCACUGGGAAUUGCUUUCUGUUCUCAACGCAGUAACUCCUAUCUGCUUUAUUGCCUCUGUCUUAAAGAAUUUGAAGAUUUCCUUAUUUCCAUAAUUCAUAUAAGAACAAGAGACCCCUGUAUGGCAGUCCAGAGCAGAGCAGAGUAUACGGCUUGAAGACAGGAUUCUGAGAGAGGUAAUGAGACAGAAAAAUCGUGUCAGAAGGAGACAGAAUAAGAGAGGAAGGGAAGGGGAAGAAGGUCCAAAGAUAUGAGGAAAAGUAGAAGAAAAAGAAAAUUAGCUAUAACUCCUAGGUCAUUUGUAGAUAUAUAUUUCCAAAUAUUCUAAAAAAUAUACUGUAUAUGACAAAAAUAUUUUUAUGUGAAGGCGUUUAAAAGAAUAAAUUAUAAAUAUUUAAUGAAAAAAGUUUUAAAAAAUCGAUGUCUUUAUUGCACAUAUUAUGCUGUUCUUACAUUUUUUUAAACUGAUGUAUAGCUUUAACAUUUUGUUUCCAAAGCUAAAAAUCCCCAUUCUUUCUCCUUUUAAAAAUUCCAAUGUGCUAUUUUGUUGUUAAAUGCUAUUUUAAAAUUCAUGGAGAUUUCAUAGGCAAAGGUGCAGUUGCUCACUGUAGAGUUCAUUUAAUUUAAUGGAGAGAAAUGCUUUAAAUAGCCUACUUUAUAUAAUCUGAACUUUUCCCACUAGACUUAGGGAAGAAUCAUUUUAACAGAAAUGUACACUCAAUAAAAACUAAAAAUAAAUAAGUAAAUAGAAUAAAAUAAUUCUAAAAUAUUCAUUUUCCACUGUAUCUAUUUCCAGAUUAGCACAUGGGCCCAAUAAUCACUUGAUUCUCAUUAAGAAGAUGUUUUUAGAGGGGCAAAAAUAUUUUGCAAGCUCAAGAAUUGUUGAAUGUAUUCUUUUAUAUAACUACAUUAAAAGCUUUAGAUUGAAAUUUAUGAUGAGUAAUGAGAAAUAGAAUAUAAAAUUAUAUAUGUAAAUAUACGGCAUGGGAUUGUACAUUUUUUACUUUUUUAAAAUUUGCGUUCUUAAAAUAUUGUGUAGUAAUCACCAUUUUUAGCUGUUAGAAUGUUGUUAAAUACUAUGGAAAUACAUUUAGAGCCUGAAUUUAAAAACAAAACAGCCUGGAGGAAUCAUACAGAACUUGAAACAUGCAGGUGUGAGGUCCACUUAUGCUGAGAAAGUUUAUGCUGUGAAACUGUUGUCCGGUGUUCAGUAAUAGAUCAACUGCUAUCUGCUCAAGCCAUGCCACACUACAUUGCCCUAUUUUAGGCUAUUAUAACAUAGAAAAGAAAAUGGGAGGCAUUAGUUGGAACUAGAAAAUCAACAGUAUGUUAUUACUAUUCUUGCUGAUAACAACUAUUUCAAUAAGUGUUGUACCAUAUGUAGCAUUAAUUAUAAAAUACAUGAAAGAAUGUAUAAGAAAUAGCUUUUACUGAGUAAUAUUACAUUUUAUUUAUACUGUAGCAAUAUAUUUAUAGGUAUACUAUGUAAGGGCUUAAAAUAAAAGAGGUCCAUUAACAUUUCCUAUAAAAAUUCUAGUCUGUUUCAUUACUGCCCAGGUGUUUUAGAGAGAAAUAUUUAUGCAGAAGGUAUUUUUGAAGUCUCCUUUUGUCUGGUAGAAUUUUGCAGAUAUUUAAAUUUAGCAUUCAGAAUCCACAGGUCAGGUCAUGCUCUAAAUACAUUUAGAACACAACAUAAACUUGUUAGCUUAAUUGCCAAAUUAGACAAUUGGGAUCCAUACCCAAGUUUUAAGCAAUGUUUUUCUCAAAAAGCUGCUAUCCAAUGAUAUAGGAAAAUACACUGUUUUCCUAAACAAACUCUGGUUUUCUUUUUAAAUGUGCUUCAUUGUUUGAUUCGAUUCUGCCUAAGUUUCACAAGCUAGGCCAAUAAAGGCUGAAACAAGGACAUUUCAUCCUCUGGUAUCAUGUGUAGAUAUUAUGUAUAGAAAAUAAAAUAAAUUAUGGCUCUAACUUCUAUGUUGCUGUUUAUCUUGUUAUUUUUCGGCGUUAACCUAAUGUGUUUUUUGAGAGUAUUUUAUCUUCCAGACUCCUCAUAGCUAACUUUUGGUCUGUAUUUUGCUCAUUAGAUGUGAAUAUUUCUUAUUAGUCUGCUUUCUGCUAGGCAAUGACUGCAUUUCUAUCAUUUCUUAGUUUGUUAGUACAUGUGGAUAGUAUUCUAUUGUAUAAAUUGAUUGCACAGUUUAUCAAGACAAACUAUUCUAUGUAGCUUUUCUACAGUGCUUUGUUAAACCAUGUGAUACUAGUUAAGUCUUCCUUAAAAAUAAAGACACACACAGAGGACAGUUCCUGUUUACUCCCAGGAAAUUUUCUUAAAAGAUGACACUGAAUGUUUAAUGCACCGUAGUGCAGUGAAGUGGCAAUAAAACCUAACACGAAUCAAGGUUGUUUAUGGCAGAUGCAUGUAUUGCUUUACAGAGUUUAGCAAAAGCUCUUAAUUUUAUGUCACACUGUAUUCUAUUAUAAUAAUAAAGCUAACAUUAUUCAAUAAUAAAA